GAUUCUGAAACUCAGAAAAUCGGUGGUUUUAGUUUUUCUCUGGCCGACACCUCCACUACUGUCUCCACUACCGACCCCUCAAAUACAAUCUCAAUUGCUGCAGCUGCUACUACAUGCAUCACUGUGUCUAGCCCUUCAACCAUCAGAGAUGGCUUGCCGACCUUAGCCAAAUCUAGUUUCUCCACGACUAGCGCUGAUUCUGGCACUGUUAGCGGAGGUCUAUUCUCUUUUACUUUGGCUGGAAGUGGCAAUGCUUCCACUGUUAUUCCACUCACAGGAGCGUCUCCUUUGUUCCCACCAGCUGCUUCGUCUGCAACUACUCCACAAACAUCAGGUGGAUCAAUCCCUCAGCCGAUUUCCACUUCUCCGUUUCGGCAUGGACUUUUCAGUGGCUUUCUAAUGCCAGGUUCACCUGUGGAUAGCGCAAAUGUGGCUGCAUCUACCCAACAAAUGCCUUUGACGUCGACGCAAGCAACAACUAUUGUAUCCUCUCCCAUUAUGAGCGUCAGCGAACCAUUCUCUGGCCUUUUACGAUCACCCUCAAGCCCAAGUUCAAAUUCACCUGGCCUUUUCUCUAUUACUUCAUCAGCCAUUACGCCAAACCCUCCAAACAGCAGCGCUCAGUCCAUAGCAGGUGGUCUUUUCUCCUCGAUUCCAUCCCUUAACCCUAUCGCUACACCACCAUUCUCUUUUCCAACCAUUUCCGCCACUCCUGCUACUACUAUUACUGCUAUUGCUUCAUCACCUCAAUCUGGUAUCUUCGCAGGAUCAACGAAUAUAUUCAAGACUUUUACAUCAGGCUCACAAUCCACCCUUGCUCCUCCAACCGCAACUUCCGAAGUCUCCAAUGUCGGAUCUCUCUUUUCAUCUGGACUAAAUAUUUCCGGUGCUCCUGCUCCGUGUACUGUUGGUAGUAGUACAUCCGGUGGACUUUUUGGCCAAUUGUCUACUGCUUUGUCUGUACCAGUAUUAGGAACGACAACUUCUCUUUCACCUGCACUCAGUAGUGGUCUUUUUGGAGUGCCAAACGAGUCUCUUGGAAAGCCAGUCGGAGAAGGUGCAUAA